UGUCACUUUUCGUUGAAGUUAUACUCGUGUUAUGGUGAAGCAAAGCGUCAGUUUUUGUAAAUCUUAAUAAUUAGAAAACAUCAUAUAUAUUUCAAUAUGCCUAAAUAUUAUUGUGACUAUUGUGAUACUUACCUUACUCAUGACUCACCAAGUGUAAGGAAAACACAUUGUACAGGAAGAAAGCAUAAGGACAACGUUAAGUUCUAUUAUCAGAAAUGGAUGGAAGAACAGGCCCAGCACCUUAUCGAUGCAACGACUGCUGCAUUCAAAGCCGGUAAAAUUGCGCAAAAUCCAUUUGGGGGUCCUAAAGGCGCGAAUAUUCCGCCUCCGUGGGAUCCUUCUGUUAUGGGUCCCGGAGGUCCGCGGCCACCCGUACCUACGCCAGGAGGACCUCCUGGAAUGAUACCUCCUCCAGCUAUGGGUCCAGGGGGACCGAUGCCUCCUAUGAUGAUGGGUCCUCAUGGACCUAUGGGACCAAUGGGUAUGGGUAUGGGCAUGAGGCCACCAAUGAUGGGACCAUUAAUGGGACCUAUGGGACCAAUGGGUCCUAUGGGCCAGAUGCGACCACCGUUAAUGAAUGGACCGCCUAUGAAUAAAUAGUUAAGUGUUGUGGAAUAGUGAACUAUGGACUACUGACUAUACAUAUUGUUAAUUAAUAAAUUUACUUACAUAAGACCAUUUCAGUGUUUGUAAAAAUUACGGUUUGUCAACUUUUGAUAUAAAUUCUUAUUUUUUAGAGUUAUCAAAGGUAACAAACAAUUUUUACAAAAACCCUAAAUAAAGUUUUGACAAAAAAAUAUAUUAUUUUAUUUUA